UCCACUUGCCUGUGCCUGCUAGUGUUUGUCAGUGCGGGUUUGAAGAGGUCUUUUUAGAUGAACAUUUAUAGCAAAACUGUUUCUGAUCGUUUCGUGUCAAUAGGGUAAGACAUUGUCAAUGGUUUGCAAGCUAAACUUCAUUCCGUUGUCGUCUUAUUUUUUAUUAAACAACAAGAAGGCACUGAACGCGGAACUGCAGAGGUAGUGAUGCCAUCUGUGGAUGCAAGUCCGAGUAUCGGCACAGGCUCCGGGACUGCGGGCUUGGAAUUGCCCGAAGAAAUGCAGCCACCCAAACCUCCAGGGCAACAUGCUGUAACCGUGUUGUGGUCCUUUGGAAAAUGCCUGGCUACACUUUUACCAGUUUAUCUGGCCGGAUACUUUGGGUUCAGUAUCAGCUUGGUUCUAUUCGGUCUGAUGGUCUACAUCGGAUGGAAACACAGCAGGAACGAGAAAGUAAUGCGUCUGCGGUCAGCUAUGUACGUAUUGGAGAAUGAGAGAGCAUACGCCACUGCAAGGGCUUUUAGGAGUAAACAGGAAUUACCCCCAUGGGUCAACUUCCCUGACGUGGAGAAGGUUGAGUGGAUGAACAAGAUCCUGCAGCAGGCGUGGCCAUUCGUUGGUCAGUAUCUGGAGAAGUUGCUGGUCGAGACCAUUGCUCCAGCCAUACGUGCAUCCAACACCCACUUGCAGACCCUCAGCUUCACCAAAGUCAACCUAGGGGAGAAGGCCAUGAAGGUGGUGGGAGUGAAGGCUCACACGGAGCACGACAAGCGGCAGGUCUUACUGGAUCUAUACAUUAGCUAUGCAGGUGAUGUGGAGAUCAAUGUGGGAAUCAAAAAGUACUUUUGCAAAGCAGGAGUGAAUGGAAUACAGCUACAUGGGAAAUUGAGGGUGAUCCUGGAGCCCCUGAUUGGGGAUGUGCCUCUGGUGGGAGCCAUCACCAUGUUCUUCAUCCACAGACCUAAGCUGGACAUCAACUGGACUGGGCUGACCAACAUACUGGAUAUCCCUGGACUCAAUGCCAUGUCGGACACGAUGAUAAUGGAUGCUAUAGCCUCAUACCUGGUCCUCCCCAACCGCCUCACUAUCCCCCUGGUGGCCAACCUGCACAUUGCGCAGCUCCGCUCCCCUCUCCCACGGGGAGUGGUGCGUAUCCACCUAUUGGAAGCUGAGGAGCUGACAGCCAAGGAUACGGUCAUUAAGGGGAUAAUAGAUGGGAAGUCGGAUCCGUACGCUGUUCUGCGUGUGGGGACCCAGACCUUCACAUCACACACCGUGGACAACAACCUCAACCCACAGUGGAGAGAGAUGUUUGAGGUGAUUGUCCAUGAAGUGCCUGGUCAGGAGUUGGAGGUGGAGGUGUUUGAUAAAGACCAGAACCAGGAUGACUUCCUGGGCAGGGUUAAAAUGGAUCUAGAUGUCGUGCACAAGGCCAGAGUUCUAGAUGAGUGGUUCAAGCUGAAGGAUGUUACAUCAGGCAGUGUUCACCUCCGUCUGGAGUGGCUCUCUCUGCUGUCCUCUGCUGACCGACUCAGUGAGGUUAUCCAGAGGAACCGAAAUAUGACCUGUAAGACUGCUGACCCUCCCUCUGCAGCCAUCCUGUCUGUCUACCUGGAACGCGCUCAAGACCUGCCUAGGAAGAAGGGCAAUAAGGACCCCAGCCCUAUGGUGCAGCUGUCUGUACAGGACACAACCAAGGAGAGUAGGACCUGUUAUCUGACCUCUGACCCUGUUUGGGAAGAUGCCUUCACCUUCUACAUCCAGGACCCUCGCAAACAGGAACUCGACAUUCAGGUGAAGGAUGAUGACCGGGCCCUGUCUCUUGGCAGUCUGUCCAUCCCACUGACCCGUCUGCUGGCCAGUCCUGACCUCAGCAUGGAUCAGUGGUUCCAGCUGGACAACUCUGGCCGCAUCUAUAUCAAUGCUGUUCUGAGGGUGCUGUAUUUAAGUGAGGAUGCCUCCAGCCCCAUAUCUCCUCACCCCCCAAGCCUAGGGUCAGGCCACGGAGACGGGGGUACCACGUCAGAAGUGGCCCCCGGGGGAGUGGGUGGAGCCCCCAAACCUGUACCCACACGACCCCAACAGACCACCCCUGACUCGUACUUCGCUAGUGAGGGAGUGCUGCGUAUCCACCUGGUGGAGGCCAGUAAUCUGAUAGCCAAGGAUAACUUCAUAGGGGGCAUGGUUAAGGGGAAGAGUGACCCCUACGCCAAGAUCAGGGUAGCGGGAGUCACCUUCCGCAGCCACACUAUCAAAGAGAACCUGAACCCCUACUGGAACGAACUCUACGAGAUCAUCUUAACCCAGCUGCCAGGUCAGGAGAUCCAGUUUGAGCUGUUUGAUAAAGAUCUGGAUCAGGAUGACUUCUUGGGCAGGUUCAAGUUAAACCUGCGAGACAUCAUCAGCCCACAGUUCAUUGAUGAGUGGUACACUCUGAAUGAUGUGAAGUCAGGUCGGGUUCAUCUGGUCAUGGAGUGGCUCCCCACAGUCUCAGAGUCCGCCAGACUAGAUCAGAUCCUGCAGUACCAGGCCCAGCAGCAGUACCAGAACAAGGCAGUGCCAUCGGCUGCUGUGUUGUUUGUGUACCUGGAGAGAGCCCACAGCCUGCCGUUGAAGAUGAAUGGAAAGGAGCCAAAAGUCGGGGCAGAGAUUUUGCUGAAGGCCAUGUCAUACAAGACCAAGGUGUGUGAGCGCUCUACAUCUCCUCAGUGGGAUGAAGCUUUCCACUUCCUGGUUCGUGACCCUAAAGAGGAACUCCUUAUAGUGAAGCUGUCCCACAGCUGGGGCCAGGCCCUGGGCAUGGUGGUGUUGCCCCUGAGAGAGGUCCUGUCACAGCAGGGCCUGGUGCUGGACCGAUGGCUCAGUCUGGACGGGGCCCUCCCAGAGAGCCAGAUUCUACUGAGGGCCACACUCAAGAUGUUGAACACCCAGCUGGCAGUGUGUCGUAGUGGUGUGUCCAGUGAUUCUACUGAGGAGGGCAGUGAGGAAAGAGACCAGGUCAUACACAGACGGGACACUGAACCAAACCUACGACACAGAUCACCGUUCUCUCAAUUAGGUGAUCAGAGCCCUGGCCAGGUGAAGCUACAAAUUGGCUACUCAAUAGAGGAGAACAGGCUGUACAUCAUCGUCCUCUCCUGCAGGGGCCUGCCAGCUUGUGGGUCUGCUAAGGAUGGCUCCAACCCCUAUGUCUCCUUAAUCCUUCUGCCGGACAAGAACAGGACCACCAAGAGAAAUACCAUCACCAAGAAGAGAGACCUCAACCCUGAAUUUAACGAGAGGUUUGACUUUGACUUCACUCUGGAGGAGUGCAUGCAGAGAAGACUUGACCUGACUGUCAAAAACAACGUCUCCUUCAUGAGCAGGGAGAGAGAGCUCAUUGGAAAGUUACAGCUAGAUCUUGACCAGAUAGACCUGGAGAAUGGCGACACACAAUGGUACGAUUUAGUAGAGGAGACCAAUUAGAUGAGAUGAUGGCCUCACAUCCCUGCAGUGCAAUGUUACUUUGACUACUGCUUGUUCUGUAUGGUUUAUUUUAUAUUUUUAUUCAGCCAAUGCACAAUGGGACCACCACUGAAGAAUCACUUACAUUACAUAUCAUCCCAACAAUAUCACAAUUUAUCUGUAAAAAGAAUAAUUACAAAUGAUAGAUUUGGUCAGUCUUAUUACAGUCUUACGAAGGCUCUGGAAGAAAGAAUUCCUACAUUCCUAAUUCGAGUCUGAGAAAGUGUUCUUUAGAAUCUUUUGGCUGAGUAGAUAUUUGAUAUGAAGGCAAAUAUGUUGCUCCUAAAGGAAUCUAUCUUGAAAAGCAUAAAGUAUUUUAUAACCCCAUAGUUCAGAAAAUGCAGCAAAAAUCCUGAACAGUUUAAACCUUCAGGUAUUUUGAGUUGUUCUCAUCACUUCAGUUCUUAUUUACUACAAAAGUAAUUGUUCUCGGAGGGUACUUUCUUACUUUGUUGCAUUGUUUCAUUUGUUUUAUUACAAAGCUAUAUCAACCAUCUUGAGAUAAGUGUUUUAGAGUUAAUAGCGACCAGGGCCCAACAUACUGAGUUACGGGUACUGGCAGAUAUGAUGAUGAGGGUGCUGAAAUGUUACCCUGUAGUUUUAGAGCAUUUACGUGCCAACAUGGAUGGAUUUUACAAUCCUGAAAUUAUUACUUUUAUAUUUGUAAAACUUUUUUUUUUUUUUAUGAAUCAAUCAUUUUGUUACAUUGUUUUUAUGUUUGUAUUUUUGCCUUAUAUAUUCCAAUACUGUGAACAAUUUGAGAAGAUUGAGAAUAAUGUUUAUACUGAUUGUGUUCAUUCUGUUCCAAAUGAAGAAGUUUUGUAUGUUUUAAUCAGAUGUAUUUAAAAGUUGAUUUUAUAAUUCAGGAAAAGUGUUAGGAAAUGACCCAGACCCUCACAUUUGCCACUGAAAACACACUCUAGCUUUACAGUAAUGCAAAGUCUGAAUCACUGUUCUUUUAUUUGAUAAAGAGAACAUUAUACAGUGGGAAGAACAAGUAUUUGAUACACUGCCGAUUUUGCAGGUUUUCCUACUU